ACACCAACUCUGAUAAAACAUACCGCCAAAGCAAUUACAAAUUCAAGAAACAAAAACAAAAACAUGUCGCCAAACAUGCCUUCAAUAACAGCAACAAAAUCCGUAGGUGGUCGAGGAAAAACCUCAAAAGCAACAAAAUCAAUCUCAAGAUCUCAUAAAGCAGGUCUUCAAUUCCCCGUUGGUCGAAUUGCUCGGUUCUUGAAAAAGGGUCGUUAUGCUCAGCGAGUUGGGUCAGGUUCACCCGUUUAUCUCUCAGCGGUUCUUGAAUACCUCGCUGCUGAAUUAUUGGAACUUGCUGGCAAUGCUGCGAGAGAUAAUAAGAAGAAUAGGAUUAUUCCGAGGCAUAUACAACUUGCUGUGAGGAAUGAUGAGGAAUUAAGCAAGUUGUUGGGAUCUACUACCAUUGCUAAUGGUGGGGUUUUGCCUAAUAUUCAUCAGAAUUUGCUUCCUAAAAAGAUUAGCAAGGGGAAAGAAAUUGGUUCUGUUUCACAGGAAUUUUAGAUUUCUAGAUGUUGAAUUAGGAGAAAUUGGGUUGUGAGUUUUUGAUUUUAAGGUAAAUUAGUUGGGACUUGUUCAUAAGUGUUCUAUGUGAAUGACAAGUUUGUUUCUCCUUUAUCUAUUUUCAUUCUCUUCUGUUGAAGUUUGUAGAAUUUAAUGAAGACAAAUUAAUAUAUUUUCUAGUUUCUCUUG